AUGGUAAAGCUUUUGUGUGCUGCUGGUGCAAACACUAAUGCUCUUGACUUUAAUGGACAAACCCCACUGCAUGACUUCGCCCUUGCUGGGCCGAAUACUGUCACUCCCGGUCUCCGCCAUGAAUUCAGUGGCCAUGUUGCCGACACCUCAAUCAACCACCUCUAUAGGUCUGUCUUGCGCGCUUUGAUCAAAGCAGGGGCAGAUAUCAACGUCAAAGAUAAUACCGGGAAAACGCCUCUUCACCUCGCGGCGAGGCAUGGUGAACCGGUUUUGUGUAAUCUACUCCUCAAGCUCGGUGUCAAUGUCCUGAAUGACAAUGGCAUGAGAGCGAGUCAAGUGAACGGAAAAGCUGCAGUCCCGGGCACCAUCGAUUUUAAGGUCUGGGAAUAUGAACAGCGACAGUCAAAGAGAGUGGAGUACAAAUGA